AUGUGGUGUGGCUUUGAAAGAUCGUCAUAUGAACUUAACGAAUUUUCAAUGGAGCAACAACUGAAGACAGAAUUAGAUCUUGAUGAUAUAGUUAAUAUCGAAUCCAUGUUUAUAGAAUUUGGUAGAGAAGAUGGAAUAAAAGAAGGAAUAAAAUCAGGAAAAUUAGAAGGUCAUAUACUAGGAUGUGAAAAAGGAUAUGAAAUAUCUCAAGAAAUUGGAUUUUAUGAUGGUAUUGCUGAAAUGUGGUUAAAAAUUAUUGUCGAUAAAAGAUGGGAUAUUACUAAACAUUCAAUAAAUGAAAGAAUAGUGAAACAAUUAAUAUCAUUAAGAGAAUUAAUUUCAUUAUUUCCAAAAGAAAAUCAACAAAAUAUUGAAUUCUUAGAAUUAUUAAAUAAGAUUAGAUCAAAACAUAAAGUUUGCAUUUCUUUAUUAGGUACGACUAAAUUUCAAAAAUUUAAAAGAACAACUAUUGAUGAUAAAGAAAGUGAGAAUGUUUAA